AUGCUUGCGGUAGCAAACGAGAAGGGCAUAACCCUCAAUCACUGGGAUGCUGAGCGUGCGAUUUACGGUCUGAAGCAGAGCGGUAGGCAGUGGGGGUACCACGCUGCUGAUACGCUAGUCGAGAACGGGUUCGAGCCGUGCAAGGCGGACCCGUGUGUUUUCCGCAAGAUGGUAGAUGGAGUCGUGGUGAUGAUUGUCGUGAUCUACGUGGAUGACAUUUUGGUGGCUGGGUCUGACGAGGAUUGCGAGGAGUUGCUUGCUUCUCUCAACAAGAAAUUUCCCACCAAAAAUCUUGGAGAAUGCGAAUGGUUUGACGGGUGCGCUAUUGAGAGAGAUUUUGAGGCUGGAACUCUUAGAAUCUCCCACGCCGCGUACAUUGAUAGCAUGGUGAAACGCUUUGAUGUACAAUCGGCCUCCCGCAUUCCUGCUUCCCCUGGUGUCGACCUAGGACCGAAGCGAGAUGACAUGAAGGGAGGGGAGUGGCCGGUGAAGGAGGCCAUCGGCAGCAUGAUGUGGGUGUCGACGUUCUCGCGUCCAGACGUCUCGCUCGCCGUGCGGCUGGCCGUGUACGUAGACGCUAGCUACGCCGACACGGAAGAUAAGCGUUCGGUGUCAGGGUUCGCGACGACGGUUGGAAAAACCGUAGUCAGCCAUGGUAGCAAGACACAGAGCAACUUGUCUUUGUCUUCGACGGAAGCCGAGUACAUUGCUGCCGGGGAGGGCGUCAAGGAGGCGUUACUUGUGCGUGCUGUGCUUUCGUUUGCUGCCCCAGAGACCAGUGGUAGCAGCAUCCAGGUCCUUGAGGACAACCAGGGGGCCAUAGCGUUGGUGCAGAACCCCCUCAGCUCAGGGCGCACGAAACACAUCAACGUGAGAUUUCAUCUCAUCCGCGGAUUGUUUAGGUCGGGGGAAUUUUUCGGUCAAGUUCGUUCCCACAACGGAGCAACACGCGGACCUCCUAACCAAGGCCCUUAG